AUGAUAACUAAUAAUAUAUUGUUAAUUGAUGAUUGUAAACUUGAUCGAUUCCGUAUAAAUACUUUGUCAAAAAUUGCUCUUAAUAUUAAAUCUCUUAUUGUUGAAUCGGAAUCUAUGGAAUAUAUUCUUCUUGCUGCUGAUUAUCCUAAUCUGGUUGUACUUAAAUUCUUCAAUUUCAAUAACAAAAUUGCUUCAAAAUAUUUUACAGUCAAGUCACCAUUUCACAAGAUACUUGAAAAACAAAUUCGAGAUCUUAUGUACACAAAUAUAUAUCUUUUCCCUUAUCGUAUAUCAUCAAUAGAAGAUCAUCGACAUAAUCAAAUUGUUCCAGUUCGUCUUCAUCGUGCACAAAAUGAUGAACAUUUUGCAACAGCAACUAUUCGUUAUAUGAAAGAUUUUGCAUCAUUUUUUGGAAAUGGUUGUGUAUUUUAUUUAUGA